AUGGCUGGGACUUACGACAAUGAACAACAGAGAAUUGCCGACCGAAUUAAGUGCAUCGCUUUCCGUGAAGCACGUGAUGCUGGUGCAGCAUUCAUCACUCGACAAUGGAUCGCAGAUAAAAUCCAUCGUUUGACUCGGUUUGCUACUCAAUGGUGGGAGAAAGCAUACGACAAAUGCUUUGCUGAUUAUUCUGAAUGUGGUCGUAAUCUCAAAUUAUCGCAGGAUAGUCAAAAUAUCAUUCUCAAUGCGAGUGGCAAGCAGAAAAAAAAACCAUUGAAAACAGAAACCAAUAUUUCCGAUCGUUUGUGGUUAUGCGACUGGUUGAAGAACUGGACUCAGGAAGACUUCUUACACCUCGCACCAGCGGAUGAAUUUUAUGUUUGGAGUGUUCGGAAGCCAAAUUACCAGAAUGACAGGAUCUGGGCAAAAUCUAUCAAGGAUAUUGAAGAGCAUGAAAGAUAUCGUGAAAUGGUGAAAAACCAAGCAUGCAUUGGUAUUUUCAUUCUUUUUACCGCAAAAAAAUUGCUUUCGGUAAUAAAAGAUAAAGGAGUACCCUGGACAGAUCAAUACUUUCGUGAUACAAUUUUAGUCCAGCACGUCUUUCCUUUUCUCAAAAAUGAAGAAAACGUCAUUGAUGUGGAUGAAGUGACGUUUGUUCACGAUAAAGCCCCAUGCAUGACAGCAAAUAUGACUCAGCAGUUGAUCCAAGACAACAAUAUCAAUUUUUGGGGUAAUAAUAGGUGGCCAGGAAAUUCACCUGAUCUCAAUGCAGCUGAGCGCAUCGGAUCGAUACUGAAGGAUGAAGUCGAGACAAGAAUGUUAUCUGAAGACAAACAUGAUCGUUAUCGUGAAGAAACAUUGAAAAACCACAUAUGCGAUGUCUUAGAAAGUAUGGAAACAGAUACCGAGCUUUUUGAAAAUCUGCUAUGUUCGUAUCCAUCUCGAUUAGAAGCUAUCAAAAAAGCUAAUGGUUGGCAUACAGAUUAUUGA